AACCGCCAGCAGAUUACCCUGAUGGGCCGCAGGUGGCCCACCACUGUUUUAAAGGCUGAGCAGCCAAUUUUGGCUCAAGACCAGAUGCCCUGGACAUGUUUAUACAAAAUGUCUAUUAAACUAAACCCUUUGCUCUGCUGUUGCCAAAGAAAAAACAUUUUUAAGGCCAAAAAUUUCAAAAGUGACUAGUGAUUUGGCUCGGCCUAAAUUUAUAGGUGCCCAACUUGAAACAUCUUAAAGGGGCCUGAUUUUCAGAGUGUGGGUGCUCAGCCAUUUAUGAAAAUUUGGGUCCCUUGAGGGCGACUCAGGUUGGAUACCGAACUAUAGUGGCACCCCAAAUCACUCAUCACUUUUGAAAAUCUUGGCCUAAAGGACUGUUUAUAUACAGCCUACAGUGUCUUGUGCUCUACUGCAGCAGGAGGCACAAAAGUUAAUUAGCAAACCUGAUACCCAGAGGUGUUCUGACAUAAGAGAUUGCAUGGUUGCAUAGCAUGUUUUAUGCACCUGGGGUUUCUUUGCCCAGUGAUAUCCAAUGGGUGAGGAGAGUAGAUCCAGCAGAUUUUGAUGGGUUAUUGGUAAAAUGGCUUUAACAGUCAUUCCCCAAAGAAGCCCCACAAAUCCCUGACUUUCUUUUCCCCUAUCACAGGUAAGAUCUGUUGACUGUGGGAUUGGGAAGGACCCAUAAGGAAAUCUUAACUUCUGAAUGCCCACCCUUGCUCUGAAAUUGUAGAGGCCAUGGGAAAAGCCAAGAAAGAAGAGGAUGCUGUUUUUCUAAGGAAAAAGAUCACUUUGCUGAGGGCUUUUUCACUCCUCGUUGGCAGCAUGGUGGGCAGUGGUAUCUUUAUCUCUCCAAAAGGGGUGUUGAAACACUCCGGCAACGUGGGUGUCUCCUUAAUCGUUUGGUUUGCCUGCGGGAUUCUCUCUCUAUUUGGUGCCUUGUGCUAUGCAGAACUUGGAACAAGAAUCUCAAAGUCUGGAGGACAUUAUAUCUAUAUACUGGAGACACUGGGGCCUUUGCCAAGUUUCUUGUAUCUGUGGGCCGAGUACUUUGCUAUCAGGCCAGCCAACAGUGCAGUGAUUUCUCUGGCAUUUGGAAACUACAUAUUGGAACCAUUUUUUGCCCCCUGUGCAGCCCCACUUCCUGCUGUGAAGCUCGUUGCUCUCUUGGGGUACUACAUAGUCCUCAUCCUGAACUCUUGGAGUGUCAGCUGGACUGCCAGGCUUCAGAACGUCCUAUCUGUCAUCAAACUCCUGGCUCUCACGCUCAUCAUUGUGCCAGGGAUGAUGCUUCUGGCCCAAGGCCACACUGAAAAUUUCCAGGAUGCUUUCAGUAGUCAAUCGCUGGCUUUGGACAAGCUGCCCUUGGCUUUUUAUGCCGGGAUGUUUGCGUAUUCAGGCUGGUUUCAAACUAGCUUUGUGCGAGAAGAACUGGUCCGACCUGAACGAAAUAACCCACUGGCUGUGAUAGUGUCUGUGGUCACUGUAAUUGUGGGGUACAUGCUCACCAACGUUUCCUAUUAUACAGUCUUGACAGCAGAGGAUGUGCUGGCUUCCCAGGCUGUGGCUGUGAGUUUUGCACAAAAAGCUUUCCAAAGACUUGUCUCCGUGAUUCCCAUCCUGGUUGCCCUGUCCUGCUUUGGAACCAUGAAUGGGGGGAUCUUUACAUUUUCAAGGACCCUAUUUGUGGCUUCAAGGGAGGGUCAAUGGCCUCCUCUCUUCUCCAUGAUCCACAUCCGAAGGCACACUCCCCUUCCAGCCGUCAUGUUAAUGUUGCCACUGGUUACCGCCAUGGUGUGCGUUGGAGACAUCUACCAUCUCCUGAAUUUCUUCAGCUUUUCCCGAUGGCUCUUCGUAGGAUUAGCCACACUGGGGCUCAUCAUCCAUCGUUACCGUCACCCGGAGCUGCCCAGGCCAUUCAAGGUUCCCCUCUUCAUUCCUGUCUCCUUCACCGUCAUCUGCCUCUUCGCAGUGGGAAUGUCUUUCUACUCAGACCCGGUGUAUGUCAGCAUUGGCUGUGCCAUGGUUUUGAGUGGUUUUCCAGUCUACUUCUUGGUGAUCAGCAGGCCAAUACCUGACUGUUGCCGUACCACAUUCUAUUAUCUUACAUUAAAACUUCAGGUACUGCUGGAAGUAGUCAGACAGGAAAUCAGGACUUAUUGAAGACCACAUCUUAUUGGAGAAGACACAAACUGGCUUGUCCAAUGAAAGCCACUAGUCCCAUUUCUGAUCCUUUUGGCCUGCUAAGAGACCAGGAGGCACUCUUAAUUUUGCAGUGAGUGCGGUGCAACUAGAGAUGUCCAGAACAAAUAACUUAGAUCCAAACACCUCCAAGCUUUGAUGAUCUGGAUUUUGCAUCCGCUUCUAUCUUUCUAAACCCAAACUUCACAUCUGACCAGCUGACUUUUGGAGGUGUUCAAAAUCAAGAUUCAAAUUUUGUAGGUUGGUUCAUCUCUCAGUGACGCACAUGAUUUUUAACUUCCUAGGCCUUGAGGAAAGACAAGGUGAAGAAGAGUGCCUGUUUCACAAUCCAAAUAUCAUUUAAAUUGACAGCUAUGGAAAACAAAUUCAGCUUUUAGAUGGAAGGUUAUGGAAAUCUGAAAUGAUGUGCUGAGGAUGGUCAAAUGCUUUUAAGGUAAAAUUGGAGAGCGGGAAAAUCAAUAAGAGAACUACUUAAGAGAAGCAGAGUGGUAAGUGAACUCCCAUUCUCCUUCCAUUGGACAAAAUGAUCUUUGGGACUUAGAGUUCAGUUCUACUUUGAAAAAUGACUAAAAAAUGCCUUGUUGUGUCUCAGUGAUUUCCCAGUCAAAUUUGCUUGGUUUACAAGAACAAAACCUAUUCAUUUUUUGGUGUACCAGCCCUGCCCAAAAUCUGAAAGUCGACUUUUUUUCUCCUUCUUAAGCAUAAUUAGUAGUAAAGAUUCUCCAGGCUAAAUUCCGACCUCAUAUCUGUGCAGCCCCACAGAAGUGGGGUUGUACAAGUAUAAUUAAGUAGUAUAGUAGAAUUUGGCUCUGCAAAGGUUUAGUUAUCAAUUCCUGUAGACGAUGCAUGAGUUAAACUAGAACACACCUCACUUUCUCAGAGUUCUUCACAGCCAAUGCACCUAAGAGGAGUAAAUACUAGAAUCUUUUUGUCACUAAAGCCAGAACCCAUGACCCUGAAUUCACAUAGGGAGCAGGUCUGAAUAAGAAGAUGCAAUUUUUAUAUAGUCAUUUCAGGGUAUAACUGCAUCUUAAAGGAAUCUCAACCAGAAGUUGUUGGUGAGUUGAGAGCAGGGAUUUUAAUAAACAUAUCCUUCAAGGCAGUAAGAAUGCAAAGAUAUUAAGGUCUUGAUUCAGCCAAGCACUUAAGCAUGUGCUUUAAUUGUAAGCACAUGCUCAGAUGCUUUGCUGAAUCAGGACCUAAAUGCUCAUUUGAACGAAGUUUCUCUUAAGUUAAUAUUUUUGGUUUACAGUGUAAUAUUGAUGUUGCAAAAUUCUGUCCAGAUGCCACAGUAAUCAGUUAUUUACAACAACUUUUAAAAGUGUGACUCAAAUUUUAAAAGAUGAGAAUCAGUAUAUCAGGAAUUGUCCAUCUUAGCCCUCUGAAGAGGGGAAGGCCAGAACGUGAAGAUUUUAAGUACUUCAUGUUAAGCCUCUAAAUAUUUAGAUCAAAACCAAAGUAGCAUUUACAGAAUUGUAAUAUCAGUCAAAACCCUAUUCAAUGUACUAUCAAGACUUUUUAAAAUAAAGUUUUCAGAUGUGA